UAGGACCGUCGACGAGUCGCAGCCCGUCCAGUGAGUCGGACGGACGAGUGGCGUCCACGAUGCUCGCGGUGAUGCUGCCGUUCGCCGCCGUCGCGGCGUGCUUCCUGGUGAGCUUCCCGGACCCGGUCCGGGGGCAGCUGCAGGACCCGGUCGUGAGGAUCGAGCACGGUGAAGUGAUCGGGCGGUCGCUGAGGGUCAGCGACGGCGCGACGAGAGAGGUGUUCGCGUUUCAGGGCAUUCCGUACGCUCUGCCGCCGACGGGGAACAGGCGCUUUGCCAGCCCGGAAGCGCAUCCCGGCUGGUCGAACCCCCUGAUCGCGAGUCAAUCCGGGGCCCCCUGCCCCCAGCUGGGGGGGACCCGGGGCCCCGCCAACGUCCAGCCCAAGGAGGACUGCCUGUACCUCGACGUCUACACGCCCCAGCUGCGGCGGGGAUUCGCGGGACUGCCGGUCGUCGUCCUGCUGGCUGGGGAACUCUUCGAGACGGGGUCGGCCGCCUCGACGCCCGGAACGGACUUGGCCGCGAACGACGUCGUCGUCGUGCUGCUUAACUAUCGGCUCAACGUGUUCGGUUUUCUGAGCCUCGAGAAUCCGUUGGCGCCCGGGAACGCCGGUCUGGAGGACCAACGCCUCGCGUUGCAAUGGGUCCGAACGAACAUCGAGCACUUCGGAGGCGACACGACUCGGAUCACCUUGAUGGGUCAUUCGGCCGGAGCAGCCUCGGCCAUGUUUCAUCUCCUGGCACCCCAAUCCCAAGAUCUGUUCGACCGGCUGAUCCUGAUGAGCGGGUCGGCCCUGAGCCCCUGGGCCCUGAGCAGCCGACCCCGCGACUACGCCCGCGACCUGGGCCGUCGCCUCCGGUGCUCCACCGGGCCGGACCCCAUGCUCCUGCAGUGCAUCCGGUCCCGCAGCGCCGAGGAGGUCCUCGCCGCCUUCCAGUCGCAGCGAUCGGACUCGACGCUGAGGCAGCACGGAGCGCUGUACGGCCCCGUGAUCGACGGGCCGAACGGUCUGAUCCCCCGGCACCCCGAAGAAGCUCUUCGCCUCGGGAGAUUCCCCCGCAUCCCCAUCCUCAUCGGAUGCUCCAAAGACGACGGAUCCAUCAUGCUCUGGUUAGGUUUAAAAACGGAUCGGUCGGUCGAGCGACUCGAUGGAAAUGCGGCCCUUCCAGAUUACCACGGACUGAGUCGGAACCGGAACGAGCGGGAACUCCGGACGUUCAUGGAGCUGAGCGGGAUCCCCGGGGUGCUGGAGGCGAUGGGGAUCUCGGAGCACGCGACGCCGGCGGGGCUGCCGACGGUGCUGCUGCUCUAUCUCUACGGGAUCGACGGGAAGGCGAACAGGGAUGCCACGUUCAGGGGGAUCGUGCAGUUUUACACGGAUGCGUAUUUUCAAGUUCCCGUUUCCAUGGCGGUGCCGUAUCUGGCGAGGUCCGAUCAGCUUUUCCUCUAUCUCAACGACUUUCCCUCCUUCGGUGACAUCUACGGCAACGCGGCCAACUUCUCAGGAAGCCUUCACGGAGCGGAGCUGCUGUACUUAUUGUCGCCGAGCCUGUACCAGGAGACCCAAGGCCGCCGGAUGAGCCGGGAGGAGGAUCAGUUCGCGAAGGAGCUCAAGCGGAUGUGGACCGAGUUCUCCAGAUCUGGGAACCCAACACCGUACUUCUCCCCGGACGCCAAGACGUGGGACCCCUACGACCCCCUCCGCCCCACGAAGAUGAUGCUCGGCUCCCGCCGGAUGGAGGAUUCCUCCUCGGAGGAACGGCAGGUGUCGCUCUGGUCGCACGUCCUCCGCCAGGUGGCCAAGGCUGCCACCACCCCCUCGCCCUGGCUCCACUCCACCCCGCUCUUCACUCCGAGCCCGGAGUCCCAGAUCGAGGGGGAGCCAUAUCGAGCGGCGAUGUGGGUGCUGGUGGCCUGCGUCCUGGUGCUCCUCAUCCUCCUCGUCGCGUCGGGGAUCUGCAUAAGCCGGCGGCGGAAGCACGAUCUCACCGCCACGGCUCACCUUCGGCCUUUCCGCUACUGACAAUCAGCGGCCUGUUCCCUCCACCCUCCGUCGUACCGGCUCAGCAAGGAGUACUUCUGAGUCCGGGGAUGCAUCCGACAGAGUCGGGGGAACAGGCCGGAUCCGACAGUACGCUUCCGUCUGCAGGGGAUCCACUUUCGCGGUUCGUGUCGGUCGAGACACGUUCCAGACGACUGAUGCUUACGACACACCUUGUACCUGCACGAAUCUGGUCUCUGGAACAUGCGUGAAAGGAGUGAGAAUGUCUGUUGCCAGUGUUCAUAAGUUCCGAGAGACACUCCCUAUUUAUACGCCUCCCAAUGAGUGGAAGAAAUAUUUUUUCAUCAUCCAUGUCGAGAAGGUCCUUAUAUGCAUUUUAAAAGUGGAUUCAGCCGCAUGUCAUGUGCACGUGAGUAGAAUUGGAAAUAUCGAUACCAGACGCGAGAUAACAGAGCUCUCAACCCAGAGCACUUGUGAGACAAUGUUCUUAAUUCCAUUCCAAAUAAAGUUUGCACAUAAGGUUCCACACUAUUCUUGUCAUCCCCUGAAACAGCAAGAGAAAGCGAAUAUAAUUUUUUUUUCACCACA